ACUCUGCCCGUGCACCAGUUGGUCUUUUGCUGCGAUGCUCUAAAUCCAGGAAACCUCUCUCCUAUUUUUGCACAGAGGCUGCAGCCACACCAACAUUUUUAACCCUGUGUUCGUGCCCAUCCCUUGCUGAGUGUUUUGUGUGAGGAAGGAUGCGGUGCCGGCUGCAAAUGCUUUUCCAGAGGAAACUUAAAUUCAGCUUUCUCUUUCUUCUGUUCUUGGCCCUUCUCGUGCACCUGGUGGUGGAUUUUGCUCUCCCCACAACCCACAGGUCCUGUGGCUGCAAUACUAGAGCAUCAAAAGCUGUGGGUGUCCCAUCAGGCAGCCCCAUGCCGGGCGGCCUCAAAAAGCUGAGCCUGCGAAUCCUUCAGGAUUUCAGUGGAAGCAACGGCUCCUUGGAGAAAAGUUCCCAGCCAGAGAGAGCAGGACUGCACUUAAGGGCUGGAGAGCCAGGGGUCCAGCAGCAGCAAGAAGAGGCCAAUGCAGGGUGGACCAAGGGAUCAAAGCUGGCAGCACUCUUCGAGCAUCCUCUUUACAACAUCCCAAUCCCAGAGGUGACAGAGAAGGACAAGCUGUUUGUCGUCAACCCCAUGGAGAAGUUCAGCCUGCGCAGCAGCGGCAGUGACGAAUGGGUCAGCAGCAGUAAAGCCGAGACGCUCCUCCCGACAGGGAAGACAGCCUAUGACACCUACCCCACCUGGCUCAAAUUCCACAUCGGCAUCAACCGCUAUGAGCUGUACCCCCGCCGGGACCCCUUGUUGCCCACGCUCCUCCGAGACUUGGCCACGCAAAGGAUCAUCAGCUCAGUCCAGAAGUCCGGCGGGACCCAGCUCAAGCUCAUCAUGACGUUCCCAAACUAUGGGCAGGCCCUCUUCAAGCCCAUGAAGCAGACCCGGGACCAGGAGACCCCCAUUGAUUUCUUCUACUUCUCAGACUUUGAGCGGCACAAUGCAGAGAUUGCAGCCUUCCACCUGGACAGGAUCCUGGAUUUCCGGCGAAUCCCCCCAGUGUCUGGACGAUUGGUCAACAUAACAAAGGAAAUUCGGGAUAUCACCACAGACAAGAAACUGGCCAAGACUUUCUUCAUCUCCCCAGCGGGUAACGUCUGCUUCUACGGGGAGUGCUCCUACUACUGCUCCACCGAGCACGCCCUCUGCGGCAAACCGGACCGGCUGGAGGGCUCCAUGGCUGCCCUGCUCCCUGACAAGACCCUGGCCAAGCGCCGCUCCUGGCGCAGCCCCUGGCGCCGCUCCUACCACAAGAGCAAGAAGGCUGAGUGGGAGCUGAACCCCAACUACUGCGCUCAGGUGCAAGAGACGCCGCCCUACGACAGGGGCCAUCGGCUCCUCGACCUCAUCGACAUGGCCAUCCUCGACUUCCUCAUGGGCAACAUGGACCGGCACCACUAUGAGACCUUUGAGAAAUUUGGGAAUGACACUUUCCUGCUCCACCUGGACAACGGUCGCGGCUUCGGCGCGCACUCACGCGAUGAACCGUCCAUCCUGGCCCCUCUCCAGCAAUGCUGCAGCAUCAAGAAGUCGACUUACCUGCGGCUGCAGCUGCUGGCCACCCAGCCCUACCGCCUGAGCGACGUGCUGCGGGAGGCGCUGGCCGCAGACCCCCUGGCCCCUGUGCUGGCUGAGCCCCACCUGCAGGCGCUGGACCGGCGCCUGGGGAAGGUGCUGGCGGCGGUGGGACACUGCCUGGCCAGGGCAGCCCACCGGGAGAAGGUGCUGGUGGACGAUGUGGGGUCGUGGGUGUGAUGGGGGCUGGGUACCCCGCUGGACUGGGCUGUUGUGGUGUGCUGCUGAGGGUGAUGUGGGGAUCCAUGUGCAGCUCUCAUUCCGUGUAGCGUCAGCUUUUGGUGGUGCCCGAGCUAGUGGCCUGAUGAACCAGGAAAGCAGGUUGUAAGGAUAGGUGGGACAGGGAGGGAAUUUAAAUAAAAUGUUGGCCUAGUGGAGAGGACACAAGCUGUGAUCUUCCCCACCAAGGCUGAUUUCUCAGCCCUGGCCUGUCCUUGCAUGCCUGGACGUGUCACUUCAGCCCUCUAAAGCCUUUUAGGAAAAGGUAGGGAUUUUUCCUGCCUUUCCCCAGCAAGA